AGUUUCAUUUCAGAGUAAGCAAAAAACAGACCAAACUCAACUGGAGAACGUCUCGACGCGAAUAUAAAGCAUCUUAUUCACUGAUGCCACACUUGAAAAUUGGCUCAGACAACAAUUGCAUUAUUUGAGUUGAUAUAAUUUCGCAUCGCAUUUUUAUUUCGUCUGCGUCAAUUUUAUCUUCGAAUCAUUUGCAUGCAGCGAUAUAAAAAAAAGAACGAAUGAACGAGCACAACACGCGCAGUAACAAACCACUGGAGACUGUUUUGCAUUUAAACGACACUUUUUUUCCAUUACGACUGUGCGCGCACUCUGAUUGAAAACGGCAGGUAUUUAUUUGCAUCGCUGUCGUUUUGUUCAUUUCAUUUAACUGAUCUGAUAUCAGUACUACAUUUCUGGAAUGGUUGUGCUGUCGCGAACGAACGCGAGCGAAACACAGAGCGAGCGAGAGAGAGAAUGUGUCUAAAAUUUUUCCAAUUUGCUUUCUGUCAGCAUAAAACGUUUUUUAUGAGCUUUAAUUCGUUUCGCAUUAAUUUUUUGGUAGGUGAAAAUGCCAUCGUUUUCACACUUUAAUGAUUUGAGACUUUGACACCAACGGAUUUGUUAGCUAAAUACUUUCAACCAAUGGAAAAUAUACGUUCCGGCAAUCACGAUCGAAUUUUCAGUAGAUUUAUACUACCUGAUCGAGUAUUCAAAUCGGUGAUAUUCAUCGUCGUCGAUAUAUCGUGAAAUCAGUACACGAUUAUAUUCUAAAGCCUUUUCAAGCGAGUGAGCGGGAGAGACGCGCGUUUAUUUUUUUUUUUGUGAGGCAUCUGCAUGAGAAAUAAAAUACAGUUGGAGAAACGGUUGAGCGAAGGGGAAAUCGAGUAUCGUGUUUACAUUGCAAUGGCACUCUCUCUCACGUUCUCUUCGCUUCGGUAGCUGUUUGAAUCAGCUGGUUGGCUCGGCAUGUGUUUGCACUGGCAUUAACAAGUGCGACGACGACAACAACGUUCAGUAAGUGUAUUCGGAAGCAAAAUUUUGAAGCCGAACUCAAACGCCACCAGACAUAACAACACAACCGAUUCAGUGGUAGGCGCGUUGCUUCGAUUCCCCUCCAACCAUACGCUCGCGGCCAACGUACUCGCAUUGUUUUGAACGUUUUUUUCCCAUGCUUACCGUAGUCUCUCUGGCAUAUUUCGUGGUCAUUCUAAUGCUUGAAGUUCAGAAUAAUCCGAUUACUACACACGUUCGUUGAACGUUUACUGUUUCCCACCAGCACAGCACAUGUGAUACGAUUCGUAGUUGGUUUCGAAUGAAUGAAAGUGUGCGCCGCUCACAAGCGACAGAGAGGCACAUGAGCAAAAGAGCAGAGCUGGGGAACAGGUUUUUGGCGGAGAAUUCAUCCAUUCACAUACGUUUCUGUGGAUGAGCACAUUUUGACUGUGCGCUCUCAUUCUCCUAACCAACGAAACUCGCUCAUUCACUCCGAUGUUUUGGCACGAUGAUCCAACUUGCGGAACGGCAAAACUGUUCAUAUAUUGUGUUGAUAGCCUGAGAAAAAGUUUAGUUCAUCACAGUCAUUGGUUUGAGCAAUUUGUGUACGACCGCUUUUUUCUCGUUCACGUUGAACACAGCAAACAACACAACCGUUUAUCUCGCAUUGAGUUUUAAAAACACACGUGAAUGAUAAUAUUUAGAUAAAACAAACAUUUCCACUGUACCAAGCUAUUCUUAAACACACACUGUGAAUAAUUCUGUAUGUGAGAGCAUCUCCGGCAAGGAAAACGAGAGCGGAAAGGAGAAGAAAAUAUAACAGCCGUUUCUUUUGUGUUUCAAGUGCUUUGAAAUCAACACAUCUAUAUGAUUUGUUUGGAGCACAUGCCAGAGGACAAGCAGCAACUGUAUUUUUUGUGUGCGUCAAUCAGAGGCGAUUAAAAAAAAAAUUCCAAUCUAAAAUCAACAAUUUGAAUUUAUUAGUGAAGAGUUAACAAGUUUGAAAGAACCAGGAAGAAGCUAAUAAAGUACGUUACAUAACGGCCAAAAUAAGUAAACAGUAAAACAAAUAUCCAGAACAGUUUUGUUGAAUUGCGAUUAAACAGAGUCGAGUGGACUUGAAUCAUUUUACCACCAAUCGUUUUUGAAUGAAAGAAAGAGCACAUAUUUUUUUGUGAAAAAUUUAUCGUUUUUUUUUCUUGCUUCAAACGCAACUAUUUGCCAAUUUGGUGAAAAAUUAUUCGGUUUUGAAAAGAGGAGAAAAAUAUACAGGUUUUAUUAAUUUUUUCGAUGAAAAUAGUGUGGUUUUUUCCGUUACUACUGUUUCGAAGGCGAUUGAACAAUAGUGUGUGGGAUGUUAUUCUAAUUUGAAAAAAAAAUCAAUGUGAAAUCAAAACACGAGCAUAAACACUGUCGCGUCUCGUGAUCCGAAACACAGAAUUUUCACCGAUUUAUUUCUUGAUUUAGUUCUAUCAAAAAGAAAUCCUAGUGUUUGUUAAAAUUCCGAAAUCGCCGCCAGUUUCGCAAGAAAAAGGAAAAAACGGCCAAAAAUUAAAUUAAACGAAAGUUUCAAGCAAGUGUGACCAUUGUGAACCUAUUUUUAUGUUAUGCGUAAAAACCAUUUCAAUUAGAAAGAGUCUUGAGGAAUUUUUGAAAGCAAAAAAAGAGAAAUAUCUAUCGUUGUGUAUGUAUUGAAGGAAAAAGAAGAAAAAUAAAAGCGAACAACACGAACAAAAGGGAAAAGGCAAAGAAACAACAAUUUUCGAACGGGUUUUUUUUCUUGUGAGUUUGUGUGAUUUUGCUACAAAGUCGCCGAAAUAAGUUCAGUGACAGUUUUGACAGAAACAUUGUGACGCUCAUUCGCAUCCUCAGCACAUGAUAUAACUCUUUGAGUUGUGUAUUACAGAGUCGCUAUUUUUUUUGUUCACUUUGAAAUAGUAUACGGGCAUUCGCUCACGUGUACACACACACACACACAACACGCUGUGUGUUCCGUUGAAUAAUAAAAAUCGUAUUUAAAUCAAGGGCAUGUAAAAAAUUCAUAAUCCGCAAAAGGAAAAACGAAAAUUCAAAUAAUCUGACGAGAUAUUCUUCGCACAAACCGAAGAGAAACGAACAGAAGGAAACACACACAGAGAGCGCUAGACGUAUCAACGAACGAUUUUCCUACGUGCAAUGUUUGAUGGCAUCGACCAAUCACCAUCAUCAUCCACACUCAACCAGCUCAUGGACCCCAAUUUUCGAUUCAUUUGGACAUAAGCACUUGUUCACUCUCCUCAUUCGUUUCGCUUUUUAUUUUGGUUAUUAUGCGUCUGGAAAGUUUUAAGUGAAUAGCCCCCGUUGAAUUAUUAACUAUAAAUGUUUUUUUCUGGAUUGUGAUUCGAAUCUUUAUUUAUUCAUGGCUUUAAGCUAAGAACGAGACACAAAUUUUUGGUUUUUCUGCAGAAACUGACUUUAAAUAUCAUUGUGACAAAAAUAUAUGUAUUUAAUUUUAUUAGAGAGUGGUACAAAAAGUAAACAGUGAAAGAAGAUCGUCUAUAUAUUUCAUUGAAAGUUUUGAUAUGAACUCAUUUGUCUGCUUGUGAAGCAAAAAGAAGAACAAUCUUGACAGACGAAGAAACAAACGGAAAAGAUUUUAACACAGAAAGAGACGAGAUUUUUGUGAAUUUUUGAGAAGUUGAUUAAGUGAAAGUAAUCAAAAUGCAGCAUCAUCCUGGUUCUUGGUAUAUGCCAUGGGGUGUGCCGUUACAGAAAAUGGCAUUGGCUGUUCCGUUCCAUCCAACAGUUGCCGCAGUCGGUUAUCACCAGACUCAAACGCCCGGCGUUCAAGUUGCCGCCGGCCCAACCACACAGCAUCAACAUCAACAUCAACAUCAGCACCAACACCAACAACAGCAACACACACAGUCACAUCAUCAUCAGACCUAUCAAACUCAUCAGAUGCAUCCAGCUACAGCGGCACUUCACCAACAGCUACAGCAUCAUCACCCGGCAGCAGCUGCAAUGUUCACACCGUUAUCGUUACGAACGUUCAUCAGCCCGACACCGAAUCACAUGAACUUAGGUCAACAGGCUUUAACAAAUGUUGGAUCAUUGGUGGCGGCACAACAUCAACAGCCCCAUCAACCGAUGCCACAAACGCAACAAAGUCCAGCACAAACGCGUCAUCAUCAAGCGGCCAACGGUUUGCCAACGACCACAAACAAUAAUCAUACAUUGCAAUCGCAUGCAAAUCAAUCGCAACUGAAUGCAAUCAAUUUGAAUGUCGGCUGCGUACCGUUGCGACAAUCAUCAGUUAACCCGAACGGUGGCGCCAUGAUGAUUCCAGUUCAAAAGAUUCUAAUGCCGGACAAAGAGAAGACAAAACUUGUGGCGACAUCAACUGAGAAACGAAAAGCAGAUGAUAUCGAAAUAAAGGAUCUGAAAAAGGCAAAACUAGAAACCAAAGCACUUAAAGCGAAACGGCCCGGAUUCACAGACGAACGAUACCACGAAACUUCUUAUUACACUGAAAAUGGUCUACGAAAAGUUUACCCGUAUUACUUCACAUUUACGACAUUCACCAAAGGUCGUUGGGUAGGUGAGAAAAUUUUAGAUGUAUUCGCUCGUGAAUUUCGUGCCCAUCCAGCUGAAGAGUAUGAACGUUGUAUCAAGGCUGGAACAUUAACCGUUAAUUAUGAAAAAGUGCCAAUCGACUGCCGAUUAAAACAUAAUGAUCUGUUAGCGAACAUUGUCCACAGACAUGAAGUACCAGUCACUAGCCAGCCAAUCACAAUCGUGCAUAUGGACGAUGACAUUGUGGUUGUUAAUAAACCGGCAUCAAUUCCCGUGCAUCCAUGUGGUCGAUACCGCCACAAUACGGUGGUUUUCAUACUGGCUAAGGAAUUCAAUUUGAAAAAUUUACGAACAAUCCACCGCUUGGAUCGUCUUACGUCGGGCCUUUUGCUAUUCGGUCGCAGUCCAAAGAAAGCACGUCAAAUGGAGCAUCAAAUCCGAAAUCGUCAAGUGCAAAAACAGUAUAUGUGUCGCGUCGAAGGUGAUUUCCCCGAUGGCAUUAUCGAAUGUAAGGAACCAAUUGAAGUAGUUAGUUAUAAAAUUGGCGUGUGUAAAGUGUCGCCAAAGGGAAAAGAUUGCAUGACCAUUUUCCAGAAGCUCGGCUACAAUGGCAAAACCAGCGUCGUAUUGUGUAAACCAAAGACCGGUCGCAUGCACCAAAUCCGUGUUCAUUUACAAUUUCUAGGAUAUCCGGUUGUAAACGAUCCGCUUUACAAUCACGACGUAUUUGGACCGUUGAAGGGGCGUGGAGGCGAUAUUGGCGGUAAAACUGAUGAAGAACUCGUUCGCGAUCUUAUAAAUAUUCAUAAUGCCGAAAAUUGGUUGGGAAUUGAUGGCGAUUCAGAGCUGUCACUGUUCAAAACAAUGAAAGCCGAUUCUGACGAUGGUCUCGGCAGCUUAACUGGAAAAGGCACAGUAUUGAGCGAUGAUGAUUCGGAGAGUGUUUCACGUGAAGCAUCGCCGUGCUCGGAGAGUCCACGACCGGUUUCAUUGGGUAGCGAAAGCCCAGUUGAUAGUAUCCAUACAGCAGUUAUGACAUCAACAUCGAUGUCGGCAUGCAGUGCUGCAGACCAAGCAAAGGUUACUGUGGCAACACAAACCGGUCAUGACAACCCAGAUUUCACAUUCAGCCCCGACAAAAUGACAGUUGAUAAACACUGUUACGAGUGCAAAGUUCGUUACCGAGACCCAAAACCACAAGACUUGGUUAUGUACUUGCACGCAUGGAAAUAUCAGGGUCCAGGCUGGGAAUACGAGACUCCACUUCCCGAAUGGGCAAAGGUCGCCUGGGUUGAUUACGAGUCCGAAUAGAUGAUGCUGAUAAACCGUUUUGCUCGAACAUCAAUAACUUAAGCUAUAAUUUUUUACUUCAUUCAAUUUCACCAAAUUUCGAGAGAAGGAACGAACGACGAAGAAAUGGAACACCAUUCGCAUAACACCUCUACGUAUUGAACGUCUCAAAUCGACAUGGCGUUGGCAUAAAAAAAAAUAUAUCGUUUUUCGGUCAUUUCAAGUGCGUUUGAAUUCAACACACAAACACAUUGAAAACUAUGUGUAGGUAUAUAAAUAUAAAAUUUAAGAGUAUCAUGAUAUGAUAAAUGCAUAGUUUAUUUUCCCCCAUUGGUAUGCCCAUUUCACUGUGAAUUUGUACGCAUUUUCGUAUAUAUGAAGAACAAUUUUGAAAAUCCUUCACACGAUGUUAUGGACCGAGUAUGAAAAUUCAAAUGGAUAAAGUAGAAUUUAUAGCUAAGUCAAUGUGAAUUUAUAAAUAACGUAUGUAAUUUUCGAUUUAAGGCAAAGCUUAAACCAUCGAUCGUUAUUUAGAAAAAAAACAUCAACAAUGAAGCUCUUAAGUGUUAUCAUCUAUAUGUUAAUACGGUAAUAUUUGGCUUUGUCAUUUGUCAAGCACAAUUUGUUGUUGAGAGUAAAACGUGAACCAAACCAAUAAGAAAAUAUAAUGUGAGAGAAAUUAAUGUUUCCAACACGAAACAAAAAACAAAGAAACAAGAAAAAAAAACAUUGAUAAAUAAUUUGAAGAUUUGUUAAAGAUUUUUUAGCUUUAUAUUUGAUCAUUCGCGUGAAGAUAGUAGAAAUCGAGGAAAUAAAUUACACACACACACAUACACAUUCUGAUCUUAGAUUAAAAUGAAUAAGGAGAAAAAUAAAAUGAAGAGAAAAAAAACCAGUCCGAAUACCAUAAUAAUGUCAAAUCAAAGAAUCAUAUUUUAGUAGUUUAAUACUAACAAAUCAAACCCAUAAAAGACAAUAUAUAUUCAAGGCAAGUGGAUGCUGAUUGAACCUUUCGGUCAAUGAUGAACAACAAUUUUGUUUCUUUUUUUCGUCGAAUAGCCGAUUAUUCUAGAAUUACUGUGAAUAUAAAAUCCAGAUUAUUAUUAUUAACCUAAAGUAUGAUUAUAAAUGUAAAUGAUGAAGCACAUUUCAAUGGACAGCUCUCUGCUCCAUUCGUAGGAAUAGUUUUUUUUUUGUUUUAUCCUUUAGUUUUUCUUUUCUUUUUCUCUCUUUUUUUCCCCUUUUUUCUGACCUACUCUUCUGGAGAUGACCUUCUCUUUUUCAUUGCCACAGCUUCUCUGUUUAAAUGCAAACUACGGCUAAUUCGAUUGCAUCUUUUGCUGUAAAAACACCCCUUUCCUUCAACAAACAUACCGUUAUUGUUUAACAAUUUACACGAAAAACAAAGGAAAAAUACAAAAUAUUGGUCGUACGAUAGUUUAAAUGAAGCGCACAUCGGGCAUACAAUGUAACGUUUAGUGUCAUAUAAAAUUGAUAAAUUUUUUUCUCUCUUUUCAUUCCAAUAAAAAUUUAAAACAUUUCAAUGUAUCAACUGAA